UUGUCUUUGGUGAAAUUGUCUGGAAACAAAAGGGCCAUGGAGAGAAACGCACUAACCUUUCCUCCAACACUCGACCCUACUCGCCACUUCCAAAUGUUGCUGCUGAAUCAGAGAAGUAGACUGCAUGACCAGAUCAGGAAUCUUCGUGAGAUUGCACGUAACAUCAACAAGCUACGCAGACGAUCGCUGAUUGCAAAUAUCACUGGGAGCUCUCUAAGUGCAGUGGGAGCAAUCACAGCCAUUGUGGGACUCUCCUUGAGCCCUGCCACUUUAGGGGCAUCUCUCUUAGCUUCUGCUGUGGGGCUGGGUGUAGCCUCUGCCGGAGGGGCUGUCAGUGUCACUUCCGAUCUCUCCUUAGUGCUCUUUAACUCCAGGGAACUGAGAAGGGUGCAGGAGAUCACCGUGAACUGUCAGAACCAGAUAAGGGAAAUCCUGAGUUGUCUGGAAUUCCUCCACCGUGGACAGGGCCCAAUGGACCCCAUGUUGCUCCAAUCAGAAAAAAAUGCUUCCAUCUCACUGUACAAUUCCCUCUGCUUCAUGGUAUUCUAUGGUUCACGCAACUUCCUUGUGCCGGAGUACACAAGGGAGGUCACAAAGGUGAGUCAAGCUGUGCUGAAGGCAAAAAUCCAGAAGCUGGCUGAAAACCUUGAAUCCUGUACCAGAGCAAUGGAUGAAGUCUGUGAACUCUUGGAGUCCAGAGCAGAACUGUCUUCCAACACAACAAACUCCAACUCAGGUUCUAAGAUCAUUGUCAUGCCCCAGAGAUCCUCCAGCUGAAACAGCACUUUGCACCAAAACUAACAGUGUGGUCAGAGAUACUGUAUUUAUUCACUAUGUUUAUCACUAUUGUUAUUUUUAUAAGCAUUUGUGGAACCCAUCCCUGCAGGUGAGAAAAAGUUACAAGGUUUUUAUUUCAAUAUGUUCCUAAAAGGGAGCUUAUGCUUUUACCUCCCUGCAGCACUGGACUAAAUGUAGAGGUUAUGAUGGAGAUGUAGCCUGUAAGCUAAAUAACAGGAAUGACUCCAGAGCCUGCAUUUAAUGGAAAACCAAUAGGAUAGAUGUUGGAUUAAAGGCUUCUGCCCAAAUUUCUCUGACUCCCAUCCUGAUUUAGAGAGGGAUGGGUCUGGUGUUAGACCAAAAGACUUCUUGACUGAUUUUGCUCCCUCAUGGUAAAUAACCUAUGAAUUCUUCUCAGAGAGGCAAAAUGAGAUCUAUCGUAACAUAUAGCACCCACAAAUGUCCUACUGAUGCAGUCAGACGUGGGACAAACUAAAUUCACUAGAUGGCAGUACAGCACACAGAACAUGUCAGCAAGAAAUAUGUCCCAAGCCUAAAAGUACUCUGUCCUUUUUAAAGGGGUGUUUUCCUUACCAAGUGCUGUGGGGUAUAGUGGAAAUUGUGACAUUUUUCCUAUUUAUUUGUAUAGAGUUAUUUUAAACUUUUAAAAAUGUAUUUGAAGAAGAACAAAUGUUUAAGCACAUAGCAAAAGCAAUGGCUGUAUCCAGAGGGACGCAUUCCACAGGGCAAAGCAAGUCAAUGCUGGUGUCUGAUGGAAAGUCUCCUAUUCUCUCACCAGCCUGUGCAACACCUUGUCCAAAGGGGAGAGCAUUGUCUGAAUUCAAACAGAUACAAAACAUUGUAGAUUGAAGGAAAUCAAGUACAGCUCUCAGGAUGGGAGGGAGAAAAGGAUGGGAAGGGAAAAGGGGGAAGAGGAGAGCUCUCCUCUUGAAACACAUAGAGGAAAGCGAUAAUUCCGUAUGCUAAGAGGAGAGUCCAGUUGUGAGAGGUGGCAUGGGAGUCAAUUAGAGAUGUCAAUAGUUAGGUCUCUUGGGGUACCAGUGGAAAUGCUCACGUGAUUUUCUGCAUACCAAGUGUGAUGGUGACACCAGGGGUACGUCUAGGCUACAGGCUUUUGUCGACAGAAGUUUUGUCGACAGAUACUGUCGACAAAGCUUCUGUCGACAAAGAGCGUCUAGACUACAUCCAGU